CCUGGGAGCCCCGCCAUUUUCCGGAGCGUCCCCAGCGCGCCCUUAAAGGGGCCGCGUCCCGCGCUGAGGGGCGGCGUGUUCGGGGCCCGGUCUCGGUUCCUGCUCCUCGCUCCCGGUCCCCGAUUGGGAAGAACCGUGGCUACGGCUCCCUCCAGUCGUCACAGCUGUGGGCAGAGCGUGUCGGGGCGGGACUGGACCGGACCGGUGCGUGUGUGGGCCGAGGCCUCCUUCCAGGGCCGCCCGGACACCAUCGGGUAUCCUCGGCAUGUUAUUAAUUCUCAAUAAUCAUAAAUAUAUUCCCUUUUUCCACAAUUCAGUGUCGCGGUUGAACACUCCGUGGCCGUGUUUCCCCAGCAGCAGAAAGUGAGGGAGAAUUCCUGGAUCUUCCCCAGCACCAGGAAGUGAGGGAUUCUUGCAGAGCCCUCAGCGAUGGCAGCCGAGGACAGGGAUUACAACCUGACCGAGGAGCAGAAGGCUGUGAAAGCCAAGUACCCCCCUCUCUGUAAGAAAUAUGAAUAUUUGGAUCACACAGCAGACGUGCAGCUCCAUGCCUGGGGAGACACGUUGGAAGAAGCCUUUGAGCAGUGUGUUAUGGCCAUGUUUGGCUACAUGACAGAUACAGGGACCGUGGAACCUGUGGAUACAGUGGAGGUAGAGGCAGAAGGGCAUGACAUGUUGUCUCUUCUCUUCCACUUCCUGGAUGAGUGGCUGUAUAAAUUCAGUGCUGAUGAGUUUUUUAUACCCAGGGAAGUGAAAGUGCUUCACAUCGACCGAAUGCAGUUCAAAAUAAGAUCGAUUGGGUGGGGAGAAGAGUUUUCUUUGGACAAACACCCACAGGGCACAGAGGUCAAAGCCAUAACUUACUCAGCAAUGCAGAUCUGUGAAGAUGAAAAGCCAGAAGUCUUUGUCAUCAUUGAUAUUUAAAGCAAGAAGAGUGUGGUUGAGUGGAUAUUAAUCAUCAUCUGGCAAAAGCCCCCUAAAACUGUAAUCCCUGUGGGAAAAAACGAAGGAAUUGGCCAGUUAAAACCAGAAAUUGAAGGGAGUGAUUGCAGGGAAUGUCAGCCAGUGAGAAAGAGAAUAAGAAGAAUUAAUUGGGGUUUUGGGGGAUAUGGAGAAGGAGAGGUUUGUACAGGUUGGAAGUCUCCCAGGAAUGCUGGCAGUCAUCUUUUAAGGCUGCUAAAUGUGCUAAGGGCUGUAUGAAAUACAGAAAUUGGUGGAGCUGAUAACUAAAAUACUCCCUUUUUGCAGGGUGGCAGGAGAUAAUGUUCAUCUAGAUUGAUUCCAUUUGCAUAUUUCAUGUUCUAAUUCUGGGCUGACGUCCCUCCUCCAUUUUACAUAAAUCCGAAAUAGCUGCAGCAGCUCAGAUGUAAUGUCGAAAAAGAAAAAAUCGGAGUGUUUAAAAUUAGACACCAAAAAAAACGAUGCCAAUUAAGCAAACAAACCACCACAUCUUUUAAACGACUUAAAAAAGAAGUCGUGCCAGCAGGUGGUGCUGAAUUGCUGUAAAUAAAUUGCCACGUGAAAUCCUAAAGCCUUGUGACCGUGUACCUGGAAUCCUCUUAUCACCUAUGAGAACUCUGGAAAGUUGGCAGCUUUGCUGCUGUGGUGGAAGGGGAUGCACCAGGUUGUAAAGGGAUGUUCCAGGUUCUCCCUGGGUUCACUCCCAACUCUAUGUUGUGAAAACGGAGUCUUUUUUAAAAAGCAGAUGGUUUGGAUCAGUGUUUUAGAGAGGACAAUACAGACCAUCUUUUAAUGUCAAAGGAUUAUGGGCUUCAUUGAAUCAGAGUUAAUCAAAAAUAAUCAAAGUUGUGUUGUUGUUUUUAAAUGGGAUGGCAAGUGUGCAUUACCUGCUGUUUUAAUUUAAUUUAAAGGUGAAGAGCACAGGCGUGGCCUGCUCUGUUACUGUAAAUGCUCUGAGUGCCUUUCUCUAGAGGUGGUGUCUCAUCCUAUAAAGUCAUCUUAAAUAGUUCUGGUUUAAUUUCCAUGUUGUAAAGACUGAGGGAUAAAACCCCUCUUAUUUUUUUAAGCAAGCCUCAAUGCCGAAAUAAAACUUGGACUGAAACAA